AAACUCGGAGGAGAGCAAUGGCAGUGGCGGUGGUUGGAAAGGGAAGGAGAAAAAUGAGUGCACACUUGUGAUCAAUGACAACCGAAACAGGUAGGUCUGCAGCUUGUAGAAUGGUGAGGACAUAGAGGAGAAAAGGGAGAUGCCCUGUCGGUGAGGGCUGCAGAAUAGCUCCCAAGUGAAGUGGAAGAAAACCCAUGGCCUGGGAUGCGAACAGGAAGCACACUCUGGGACGCGAACAGGAAGCACACUCUGGGACGCGAACAGGAAGUACACUCUGAGAUGCGAACAGGAAGUACACUCUGGGACGCGAACAGGAAGUCCACUUUGGGACGAGAACGAGAAGUACACUCUUGGACGCAGAGGAGGCAGAAGCCCAGCCAGCAAGCCAGUGGGCCAGCUCGCAGGGAGGGCCUGGCCGGCGCAGCGCCUCAGGUCCCCAGGACGCCGGUUUUCUACCAGGAUGACGACUGGCCCCGUCUUCCUCCCUGCUGCUCCCACCCAGCUGUCACCCAACUCACCUGUCUGCUCUCCUUCUCCUUUCUCUCUCUAGCUGACUCUUCUGUCCGAAUCAUCUCGCUGCCUGUUACUUCUAUCCAUCCUGCAUCCCAUCGUCUCAAAAGACAGGACUGGGCUGCCCACCCCCCACCGCCAUCUCCCCAUUUGCUGCCUGCGGGUUCAGUCAGCUGUGCCUGUGCAGAGGGUCCCGGAGCAUCACCAAGGCAACAUCCCUGCAGAGCCCCAGUCAAGACCAUUCCAUUCGCAGUGACUAAGGGCACGACCGCUCUCUCUGUAAGGCAGGCCCUCGGAGGGCCAGCUCUAACACCGGCAAAUGCCUUGUUUUCAAGUGGUUCUGUGACACUUCCUUCUGCAACCUUUCUCCAGGCAGCUCCUCCUGAACGAGGCUGCCUGGGGGGAGGGUCAGACGACACGACACGUUUGCUUCACCUUUCUAGGUCAAAAUGGGAUCUAAAAUGUUUAGUAUUCAAACAGAACUAUUUUAGAUGACAAGGAAUUACUAUUUUAGAAUAAAAGUUUUUAAAAGUAACCCAAAGGACCAACUCCUGUUAUCCCAAAUACUUGGCUCAAAUGUUGAAAAUUACUACAAGCUGAUACUGGCUCAGAGGGAGAAAACAUUCUAACUAGAGCGGCUUCCAAUAAA